AUGAUGCAGCCCAGGCUAAAUGAUAAAGUCUCCACCCGAGGAACCAAAUGGACCGAUGCGGAAACCAAGCUUCUUGUCGAAAUCUGGAAACAAGGAGCAGCAACAGGUGCUGUACUCCGCGACCUAGUCAGAGAAGCGAACAAGAAUGGCUCAUUGAAGCAGGACUUCAGAGCAUGCGAACAGAAGAUCGUGAGGCUGAGGGAUGCUGGAUGGGACAUUCCUUUCAUCCGCAGAAACCGCAAGGUCCGGCAUAACAUGAAAGAGUUCAUCGCUGUUGUGGAAUCAGCGCACGAUUAUAGCAAUAUCAACCUGUCGCCGACUUCUUCGAGCUCUCCUACCCUCUUAGACGCCCAACAACUUGUAUGGGGUGGAGCGAACGAGAUUCUGUAUUACAGCGGAAAUCAGCUUCAAAACAUCUCAAACAGAUACGAGAAAGAGAAUUCAUCCGUCAUCCCUGAGAAGUCCUACGGCCUGCGACGAGAGGUGGACUCAUGCAGCAUUAGAAUGAACAUCGCUUUCCUCAUCUCAAACUCCACGGCUGAUGAGAAAUGGUUCUAAGACAUCUCAAUUCUUUCCUCACCUUCACGGUUCAGCACACAGUCUCCUCCCAGGCAAUCAAUCAAUUAUUCGUCAAGGCUCACAUUUGUAAAACAUACCACGCACAUCAUGUAAAACACUGAAAUCU